CCACGGCUCCCGGCAGCGCCUGACGGGCCACGCAGCCCCGGAGCCCCCGGCGCCCGCAGGCUCUGCCAGGUAAGCUCCCUCCUGCUCCCGCCUGCACCCGGCGGCUCCUGCGGGGACGGGGGGUACGCUCAGCGCGGCAGGGAACAUUGCUGGUACCAGGCCUAAGAAAAGGGAGGAUUGCCCAGCUCUGCCCCCUCCUCAUCCCACUGGGAGAAGAGCUCUGCCCCCACCCCCCCAUGGCUCCAUGCCCAGGCUGGCUGGUACCCCCAGGCCCCCCGGGAUUGCUCACAGGCCUCACAAAGUGGGUGGGAGGCCCUGGAUUCGCCAGCUCUGCCCACCCCUUGCCAGGCCUCCCUUCUAGUUUCUAUUCCCUGCAAAGUUUCGUUUUCUCGAGAAACGCUGUCAUCGGCUGUCACAGCAGGGCCAGGCAGACAGAGCGCAGAGGAAGGGGCUGGUUUCCCACAAGCCACGUCACUGCCCAAGCACAGCCCUGGGAGGCGCCAUCACGGCCAAAGGCACUGCAAGGCUGGUAUUUCAGGGACAUUUUUAGCCCCAUUUCUCAGGGCAGGCUGCAAGAGGUGUCAGUCUCCAACCAUGUUCAUAACCAGCACGCUUACACUUACUCCGGGGCAUCUGCUCACACCCUGGCCCAGCAGAGCAACCCUGUACCAGGCUCCCCCCAGAGCCAAAGCAACUGGCCCUGCUGGCACCUCAGCCAGCCCACAAGCUUCCUACAGAGCUGCCCAGGUGCUUAAAUGCUAAAUAUGCACUUGCUCCACAUAAUUUUUUCUAGCACCCCCUAUUCUCCCAUACCCAGUACCUCCCCAAACCACCACCUUGCUGAACCCACCUCUUGCCAAGCCGCGAUCCUGGGGAGCACACACUCCUCCACUUCCCUCAGUUACAACCUCUGUACUUUCAGACCUUGCAGGGACCUUGCACAGAGCCCCACAGCUGCCUUUCACGCUGGCGACUGCUCCUUUCACCAGUGAACUCAGAGGCUGAGUGUUGCUGUUGUACCACCACGAGGUGCAGGGAUGGACACCUGCUGAACCAGCACACAGCUGAGCUUUCACCUGCAGUAAGAGAAACUUCCCUCCCGCCCCGGGCCCUUUCCCCGUGCCCCUGGCUGACUAGGCCCCAGCUGAGGGAUGGUUAGUUGACUGUGUGAGUCUAUGCUACCUUUCUGGUGUUACACCAGGCAGGCUUAAUGUGUUUCCUCCUGCAGUACAGAACCAGCUAUCCCUGCUCCAUGGAGCAGGAGCAAGGCAGAACAAGUCAUGUAUCAGUCCAGGACAGCCCUUUAAAAAGAAAAUCUACUGUUGAGUUGGGCAGGGAGCUGAACUGCUUCAUGGAAAAUCCAGUGAGUGCUAAAACAGAUGUGGGAAAAAAGAGAGGGAGAGAGUAUCCACCAAAAAAAAAAAAAAAAAAAAAAAAAAAAAAAAGGUAAUUAAGAGGGAGUGUGAAGGAACAAGAGGCAGGGAAAGGGAGAGUGAGAAAAAGCAAUUAAGCGCAUGUGAUACUAUGCAACCCAGGGGGAUACAGUAGCCUUGAGCCUCCCUGGGUUCCAGUGUCUAACAGAAACAGCAGUUAGAUGGACACAGCUCCCAGCACACGCUUCUCUAGCAAAGCCCUGUCUCCUUCACACCCACACGCCGAAAGCAGAGGAGCUGCUUUCACGCCGUACAGAAGCGGGGUAGCUGGCACAACCAGGCUUUCAGAGAUACAGAAGCUACCUUGGACCGAAAAGGUGGGGAGGGGUUGGGAAAACAGAACAAGUCAGUCUCCUUUAACACAGAAACAUUAACUGUAAAUCUGAAGAGGGUUUUUUUUUUCCCCCCUCUAGGUUUUUUUUUCUCCUUAGCAGCAAGAUUUCCGUCAUCAAAAGGCAAUGGAUUACAGAAUGUUACCUGUGAAUAAGUGGGAUGAGAACCAUGUCCAGCAUUGGCUAGAAUCUACUGGAAUAAAAAAAGAGUAUGUAGAAAAACUAUAUGCAGAAGAAGUGACAGGUCCAGCGCUAAUGGCACUGAAUGACUCUUUCCUCAGAGGCAUAGGUAUGAAGGGAGGCCAAAUCCACAUGUUAAUCUGCAAGAGAAAUGAACUUCUGCAGCUACAGGAAAAUGCACAGCAAGCCAAGCAUUCCAGCAGCAAAACGUCUGACAGAACUGAUGCACAAACAGGUUCAGUAAGACCCAGAAAUGCCCCUGCCCAGGAAACUUCAAGUGCAGACAGCUGUGAUCCAGUAGGUAAAACUAGCAGAGACAACACAGCUUCUACUUCUGGCAAGAGGCAAAGGAGAAGUAACAAAUCCCAACUUAAAAGUACCGGUGAAGUUUUGGAGCUCAGCAACUGUCGACCAUUUAGAAGUCAGAAUACUGAUUUCAAAUAUGUGAAAGACAAAGUUCUUGCUCCAGAAUCAGGGGUCAGUGAUUUAAUCACUCCUUGCCAUGAAUACAAAUCAUUUGCCACUGCUGCAGAACUGAACAAAAAUCAACUGCAAUCAAAAUUUGCCUGUGAAGUGAUACGAUUUGCUUCAGCCUGCAUGAAUAUUCGAACAAACGGCACCAUACAUUUUGGUAUCAUGGACAGCGUUGAGGAUAUGGGUUGGAAACAUGGACAGAUUGUUGGCAUAAAGGUCAAAGAGCGAGAACAGUACGUUGAUGCACUAGAUUAUAUAGAAAAAUGCUUUUGUGAAAACGUACAAGAAAUUGCAAGGAAAUGCAUUCAUCCACCCAUUUUUGUCGAAGUGAUUUCAAAAGACUCUCAGGAACAAAGAUUUGUGGUGGAGGUUGACAUUGAACCAACAUCCUGUUUAGUAAAGAACAAAUUUUUUGAAGUGUGUUUGCCAAAAUACAAUGAAGACAGCCAGAAGGUGAUCCUGACAAAGGAUCGAGCUCUCUAUCAGAGACUAGGAGCAAAGUCUGAACCUGUAAAGCACAACAAUCUAGCUACUUUUAUUCAGGGUUUACAAGACAGGGAUGCUCAAAGAGAAAAAGCUGAGCUCUCCAGCAGAGAAGUACAUGCAGAAAUACCUCAAAAUUUAGGAAGAAAGUUGUCAAUUCUACUAAAUGAUGGCAAAAGCUACAUGGAUGAUUCUCUACGGUACAUCCUUGUCACAAACCGAUGUGAAAAGGAUAAUCUGAACUACAUCAACUUUUUAAUGCACUUGAACAUCUUCUGCGUCUUUGACUUUGAUGAAGAUUCCAAUGUGUCAGGACUGUACAGCAAGUACAAAGAACACCAUGCAACAAGGUCUUAUUUUUUACAGGAUUUUUCCAAUGAAAGCAAGACUGGCAACCCUCCUUCUCAGAAACAUUUGUGCCUGUUUGAUCAGACCAGCUGGAUAUUCUGCAAUGGGCGCAAUGACUUCCUCGGGGAUGAAAAACCUUGUGAUGAAAAUACAUGGAUUAGAACAAAAAAAAAAUACCUUAAGAAAGCAAUUACUCGUAUCUGUGAUGAAAUCCUGCCGAAGCGGUCUUUCAUUGUGCUUUUCCUAUUGCUAUCACCAGUGCAGAAACAACUUGUGGACACUUUUCAGGAAUUCUAUACAGAGAUGAACGGCACUGAGUACAUUGUUUGCAUUGCAGAGUCCAGAGAAAAUUAUGGGAAGUGGGCUAAUCUAGCUCAGGCAUCCUGCAGCAUUGAGACACUGGAACAAUGCAGUAUUGUGGGUAUGAAACUAAGUCACAUAGAUGCCACCAUUCAAACAAUGCUGCCUUCUACGGCACAACCCAGACAUCUGCCAGUUUCCACGAGAGGGCUAUGUACACUUCCCUUGCUGGAAGAAGAGAAACUGUUUUCCCUAGAAAUCCUUUGUGUUGACCAAUGUGAUGAUAUCAAAUUAGAUCUUUUGACUGAAAAAGAAAUACAAGAAAUAGAACAAAAUUUUUACCGAGGGAGAAAAAUCAUCUGGGAAAACUUCUGGCUUGCUGAUGAAAGACGCUGUGGGGAAAUCAUUGAACGGGAGGCGUGUAAGGAUGCUAGCAAACUCCUAGAUGACAUUUUACGAGGAAGUGGACUCAACUAUUCUGUGGCAAAACUGAAGAUAUUUCACCAUCCUGGAAGUGGUGGAAGCACAAUAGCACGGCAAGUUCUAUGGAGAAGAAGAAAAGACUUAAGAUGUGCUGUUAUCAAAUCCUCAUAUUCACCUGCAACUGUUUGUGAGCAUGCACUCGCAUUUAGAGAUUAUGAAGAAAAAGAAAUCGGUCACUGUCUUCCUGUGCUCCUCCUGAUCGAAGAUUAUGAUGAAGACUAUUUAGAAGAACUAAGGUAUGAGUUAAUGGAUGCUGUAGCAACUAGGAAAAUUAAUUCCCCAAGACCUUACUUUAUCCUCAUGUGCUGUAGGCGAUCCAAUGACCCUGAAAGGCUUUGCAAGGCUUCUCCACUAGACACAGUUGCUGUCACUCACAAGCUGACGGACUCAGAGAAAAGUCUGUUCAGAACCAAACUUGAAAAACUGAAGCAGAAAGAUGUUAAGCCAGAAUUCAUACUUACAUUUGUCCUGAUGUGUGAGGAGUUCAAUGAAGCGUAUGUGAGAGACUUUGUAGGGCACAUACUGCAAGGCAUAGAUCAUUCUUCUCGUGAUACAUGCUUGAUGCGUUACGUGGCUUUGCUUAAUUUUUAUGUACCUAAUUCAUAUGUUUCACUGUCACACUGUGAGGCUUUUCUGGGACUGGGGGUAUAUACAGAAAGGAAAUCAAGAGCAUAUGAUUUCAAAAGCAACCUGAGUGAACAAGCAAGAAUGAUUUUUAUUGAGCUAAGGGAAAGUACCACCUAUAUUUCUUCUGUUCGGAUAAUACACUGUCUGGUUGCAAAAGAAAUUCUGAAUCAGCUUUCAGGGAACGAACCUCAAAGUCAACUUGCAAUGACACUUCUUCAGGAAAAGACGCUCUUUGAAAACAGAUUUGGACGAGAGGAAUUCAUAAAGUUUAUCAGAGAUCUGUUUAUUCGACGUGAUAAAAGAAGCAAGGGUGACAAUACUGACACUCUCUUUUCCCCAUUCAUUGAACACAUCUGUGAAGCUGAAGACUGUGAAAAAGCUAUAGCUAUUUUAAAAGCUGCAUAUGAACUCCUUGGAAAAGAUCCUUUUUUUGCCCAGCAGCUUGCCAGGCUGCAUUACAACAAUGAAAAAUUCAAAGAUGCAGAAUAUUGGGCAGGGGUUGCAAAAUUUCAUUUGCCAAACGAUUCUUAUAUUUUAGAUACAGAAGGUCAAGUCUACAGGAAAUGGUUUAGUUUCACUGUGGAUAAAAUGACACAGGAGGACACUCCUGAAACUAUCAUUCAAAAGAUAGAGAUGGCUCUUAAAGCUAUGAAAUGCUUCAGGGCUGCGCAACAGGCUGCAAAAGCAGAAUGUGACAGUAUGAACAAUGCUGGCUAUUUUGGAGAGGUAGAAGUAGGAUGUCGUCUUCUUAGAUUUUUAUCCACACUCCAUGUAUUUCACAGAAGCCCAAACAGGGAAUAUUGUGAGCUUGUGAAAUACCUGAUCACAGAUUACAUUCCUAAAGAUGUUGAAAAACCAUGGGGAAGGCUUCACUCCCGCUUAAAAGGCUUACGCCAGAACUUGUAUAAUGCUCUGGAAUGGAUUUCAGAAGACCUAAGCUAUUUCCAAACAGAUAAAAACCAGGAGAAGGAAGAGGAAGAUGAAAAAGAUGACAAGGAAGAACAAAUUUACAAUCCCAGAAAAUGGCUAAAAAGACAGACUGAGGUAUAUGCUAAAUUCUUCAUCUCAACAUCCCUUAUUAAGGACAGCAACAGUGGCCCUGAGAGCCAGCUGAUUAGACGCAUGAAUAUUUAUAAGAGUGGUGGAGGUAGCGUCACUACUAUCUUGUCAUUCUUAACAGAUAAGAAAGAGAAUAGGUCAGCUGAAAAGCUAGAAGAGAUCCUUAGUUUCUAUACAGAAAACCCACUAAAGGACAGGCUAGAGGACAACGAUCUGAUCAAUUAUAUUUUGUGUCACAUCACAUUAGCAUGCUUAGCACCAGGAUCAGCCAAACUUCUUCCAGCGCAAACUCUUCGGGAGCUCAGUGCAAGAUUCUUUAAAGCAAAAAAAACAUUUCCAGCAAGUGCCCAUUUUUUGCUCACCUUGCUGUACUGGCCAGAUGAGGCAUUAGACAGAGAGCCUCAUCCAGAGAAAGAUGAAAUUCUAAACUCAGCCCUUCAAACCCUGAAACGUUUAUAUGACAUCAAGAUGAAAGAUGUUCCUACCAGAAAGAAAAGAAUCUACACCCACUUUUUUCUGGGAAAGGGUUAUGGCUUAGGUAAGAUUGUGCACAAAACUAAAAUUGAUAAAUUAAUUAGCGGGUCCUUAAACGAGAGGAGAAUGAAGUGGCUACAUGGAACUGUAUGGAAUAUUGCCAAGAUUCGUGACAUUCUCAAAAGAGUUUCUGGCUGGACCACGGACAGAAAUUUAUUUAUACGUGGUCACACAAAGGCAUUUCCUAUCUUGCCACUCCAUCGUGAUUCAGUACCCCCUGGAAAUGAAAAUGUGACCUUUUAUUUAGGCUUUUCUUUUAAUGGUCUUGUUGCAUUCAAUAUUGAGGUUGAAAAUAAUCCAACUGUCAGCAGAACCUAAGGUAUUUAGUACAUUAACAGUACCUGCUGUGCUUUUCAGAAGAUACAGCACCGAAAGUGUCCUUUGUCACAUUUAAAACAGAAAGUGCACUGGCUGAACACCAGGUAGUACGAAAACCACGCUUUACUACAAUAACGACCAAAUGUCUAAAAAAAUUUUAAACCUACUAGUAAAAUACACCUUGAAACAGAAGCCUAUGAUCGUUUAGGAGUCACCCAAAUCAAGAUUUCAAACUUAAGACAGCAAUAAUUAUAAUACUUGCUUGAUGACCUGGGAAGUAGGGAGUGAAGAGACCCACUAUUUCUCCUCCCUCCCACUAUUUGCAGAACUGAGCUCUUGAAUAAACAGGUAUAGCAGGGAUCAUUUCCUUCUCAGUUUACAGAUUAGGAUUUAAAAAUAAUUUCUGGGUGGUCCUGAUCAAUAACAGAAUUUGCACAUUGUAACUGUAUGCUUUUUAUUCUGCCUGAAUUAGCAACAAAAUGUUUAAGUGAACUUACAACAAAUAUACUACACUGGCUGUAACAUACUUCGCUCACUAACAUGUACCAUGUAUGAAAUACAUCUACCUAUCAGCUUCAAGCCAGUAUCCAGUACAGAAGCACACAGGGAAACUUAAGCAUUUUUUAAGAUGACUUUGCAAACAUCAGGAUUGAUAAAAAACACGUCUCAAACUUCACAUCACUCUUAUGUUGCUUUUCCAUGUAAAUAUUACAAACCAUAUUAGGUGUAUCUGUAUCUGGGGAGGGGUGCAGACAUGUGAGUAAAGACAUUGAUGACAAAAGAUUAUUUGUAAAUGCUGUUAUUUCAUAGUCCAAACAAUUCCUGCACUUAGCAAAAUGUUUUUGCAUUAUCCAAGAAAUGUCCACACAGUAUAUGACUAAAAUUUGCCUACUGCAUAUAUCCAACGCUUGAAAACUGUCUAGCCUGAUUUACUAAUAUGAAAAAUGCAAAGGAGCUUGUUGUCAGCACUGUGUUUGCAACCAUCAUGUCACAUUAAGCUUCUAACAAUAAAGCCACCUGAUAUUCUUAAGUUUCACAUUGUUUGAUACCACUAUUGUCACUAAAAUUCCCAGAAUCUUAAGUUUCAACCCAAUAAACAACCUUUAA